GCCAUGGGAACGACUCAUCCCUUUUCCAGCCCUGGGACAGGGCUGGGGUCGGGGUCGGGGCCCAUGGGGGCUCCUCCCCCGUCUCCUGGCCUGCCCCCUUCCUGGGCCGCGAUGAUGGCGGCCCUGUACCCGAGCACUGACCUCUCGGGCGUCUCCUCCUCCUCCCUGCCUUCCUCCCCAUCCUCCUCUUCGUCGCCGAACGAAGUGAUGGCGCUGAAGGAUGUGCGGGAGGUGAAGGAGGAGAACACCCUGAAUGAGAAGCUUUUCUUGCUGGCGUGCGACAAGGGUGACUAUUAUAUGGUUAAAAAGAUUUUGGAGGAAAACAGUUCAGGUGACUUGAACAUAAAUUGUGUAGAUGUGCUUGGGAGAAAUGCCAUUACCAUAACUAUUGAAAACGAAAACUUGGAUAUACUUCAGCUUCUUUUGGACUACGGUUGUCAGUCUGCAGAUGCACUUUUGGUGGCAAUCGACUCUGAAGUAGUGGGAGCUGUUGAUAUACUACUUAAUCAUCGAGCAAAACGAUCAUCAAGACCAACUAUAGUAAAACUAAUGGAACGAAUUCAAAAUCCUGAGUAUUCAACAACUAUGGAUGUUGCACCUGUCAUUUUAGCUGCUCAUCGUAACAACUAUGAAAUUCUUACAAUGCUCUUAAAACAGGAUGUGUCUCUACCCAAGCCCCAUGCAGUUGGCUGUGAAUGCACAUUGUGUUCUGCAAAAAACAAAAAGGACAGCCUCCGACAUUCCAGGUUUCGUCUUGAUAUAUAUCGAUGUUUGGCCAGUCCAGCUCUAAUAAUGUUAACAGAGGAGGAUCCAAUUCUGAGAGCAUUUGAACUUAGUGCUGAUUUAAAAGAACUAAGCCUUGUGGAGGUGGAAUUCAGGAAUGAUUAUGAAGAACUAGCCCGUCAAUGCAAAAUGUUUGCUAAAGACUUGCUUGCCCAAGCCCGGAAUUCACGUGAAUUGGAAGUUAUCCUAAACCAUACAUCUAGUGAUGAACCUCUUGACAAACGGGGACUACUAGAGGAAAGAAUGAAUUUAAGUCGUCUAAAACUUGCUAUCAAAUAUAACCAAAAGGAGGGAUGAUUUGGUCAGACAUUAAAAGACUCUGGUAUGAAGGGUUGGAAGACUUUUUAGAAGAAUCUCGUAAUCAACUCAGUUUUGUCAUGAAUUCCCUUUAUUUGGCAACCUUUGCUCUCAAAGUGGUUGCUCACAACAAGUUUCAUGAUUUUGCUGAUCGGAAGGACUGGGAUGCAUUCCAUCCUACACUUGUGGCAGAAGGGCUUUUUGCAUUUGCAAAUGUUCUGAGUUAUCUUCGGCUCUUUUUUAUGUAUACAACCAGCUCUAUCUUGGGUCCCUUACAGAUUUCAAUGGGACAGAUGUUACAAGAUUUUGGAAAAUUCCUUGGGAUGUUCCUUCUUGUAUUGUUUUCUUUCACAAUUGGACUGACACAACUCUAUGAUAAAGGCUAUACACCAAAAGAACAGAAGGACUGUGUAGGCAUCUUUUGUGAACAGCAAAGCAAUGAUACCUUCCACUCGUUCAUUGGCACUUGCUUUGCUUUGUUCUGGUAUAUUUUCUCCUUGGCACAUGUGGCAAUCUUUGUCACAAGAUUUAGCUACGGAGAAGAAUUGCAAUCCUUUGUUGGAGCUGUUAUUGUUGGUACCUACAAUGUUGUAGUUGUCAUCGUGCUUACCAAGCUACUGGUAGCAAUGCUUCAUAAAAGCUUUCAGUUAAUAGCAAAUCAUGAAGACAAAGAAUGGAAAUUUGCUCGUGCAAAGUUGUGGCUUAGCUACUUUGAUGACAAAUGUACAUUACCCCCACCUUUCAACAUCAUUCCUUCACCAAAGACUAUUUGCUAUAUGAUUAGUAGCCUCAGUAAGUGGAUUUGCUCUCAUACUUCAAAAGGCAAGGUCAAACGGCAGAACAGUUUAAAGGAAUGGAGAAAUUUGAAACAAAAGAGAGAUGAAAACUACCAAAAAGUGAUGUGCUGCUUAGUGCAUCGUUAUUUGACUUCCAUGAGACAGAAGAUGCAAAGUACAGAUCAGGCAACUGUGGAAAAUCUAAAUGAACUACGCCAAGAUUUGUCAAAAUUCCGAAAUGAAAUAAGGGAUUUGCUUGGCUUUCGGACUUCUAAAUAUGCUAUGUUUUACCCAAGAAAUUAACCAUUUUCUAAAUCUUACAGAAAAUAAUUUUCAGUAGCAAAUCUGAAAGACUAUUUGCAUAACUUGCAAUUAAACCAAUUAUAUAUAUAGAAAUAAUUAUGUAAAAGCCAUUCUUUAUAAUAUUUGUAGCAUAGAAAUGUAAAAUAUGUACAUAGAAUUAGUUUUUUAAAACUUGUCAAUGAAUUUUUGCAAGAGCAAAACAGAUUAAGUGGAUAGGUUUUUUUUUGUUCGCAUGCUGCUUUGUUUUCUUAAUUGGACAGUGCUUUAAAAUGUUUUCUUUUUAUGUUGUUAAAGAAGAACAUUUAUAAAUGUAUACAUUGUCUAGAAGAUUUUGUAAAAUGAAAAACAACAAAUGUGGGCUGAUCUUUUGACCAUAGGAUACACUUGAAACAUACAAGUUAUGGUUUUUAAAAUCUCUGUUUUAGGAGUUCACAUAUAGCUCAGUACUUACUGUUCAGGAGUAUAGUUUUAUCUAAAAUCAGAGUCUUUUUCUUUCUUGAUUUGUUGUAAUCUUACGCAAAAAAGUGAAAAGUCUAAUGAAUAUUUGAAUCUGUGUCUCUCAAUAUAAAUUCACUUUGCUUUUUGUUAUUGUAAUAUACUUGUUUUACAUGGUUAUAAUCAUUUUAUAUUUUAAAUUUUUUUCACUUAACAGUAUUUUAUAUACAUGUAUAUUUCCAUAUGUUGGUGUAGUCCAUGUAUUUAAAUUUUUAUAGAAUUAUACAGUUUUAAAAAAAUAUAGUCAGCAAAUGUUCUUAUUUUAUAACCAUAGAAUAUUUGUUUAUGAGUUUUCAUAGUUACUUUUUUGGGCAUUUGGUUGCUUUUAAAGUUUUACUUAUCAAAAUAGUGCUAUAAUUUUUUCACUUUGGAGUGAAUAUUUGUAAUUAUAAAAUAGAAGAUGCUUCUUUAUUAUGUGUGUCACAGCUCGUGUUAGUUUUGGAAAACAUUGAAAGACCCCUUUUGAAAGGAUUUGUUUUAUAAUGGAAUUGAGGGUUUUGAGCUUAUCUCCCAAAGUAUUUUCCAUAGGAUUUAACACAGCAUCUAUUAAAGUGACUUCAUGUUUAUUUGUGGAUAAUUCUUGCUGCUUAACAUGAAGAGCAUUGUUUUUAAAUUUGAGAGUAAAAUAUACAUUUAAUUUUUUUCUGUAUUCACAGAAGGGAUAUAGCUAAGAUUUUUCACUAUUGCUUAUAUAUUCUUGCAGCAUUUCCAGUUAAGAAGAAAUUAGGUAUAUAAUUAUCUUCUUAACUGAAUGUCAGAUGGUCUUAAGGCCACAGGGUGCAGGUAGCCCUUGGUCUAUAAGCACCACCAAUCCAG